GAGGAGUGAACAAAAGAAGAAGGAAUUAAACUGCGCAUGGAACCACCAAGGUCAGGCAGGGUGGUCGGUCGCCGAUGACGAGGAUUUGUUCAUGCGCUGUCUGAGCUGGGUCGAACAUGUACGGUGUCGAAUGUGGAUCCAUGGGUGGAACGGCAUCAGUGUCAGCAGGGCCGAGGGCCCAGAGUUCGAUGCCGAUGGAUUUGGCUGACAGCAGCUCCGGUUUCCGCUGGAAUAGUGGAGUGACGUUCGGAGAGAAAUGAUUAAGCAAUCAAUCUGGUCUGUCAAUGUGUUGUUCGAACGGGUGAAGCACGUUGCCUGCAUAUCGGCAUUGUGCUGUGUCAAGUGGAUUGGAGUCCUUCGAGAUUGAUUAGAUGAAUCUGGUAAGAGGGACAAGAUCGUAAGCUGUGAAUCAUCGCGAGGAGACCGGGGAGUGGAAACUGGUGACGGGUUGUGUCCUGGGUUCGGUCGGGUUAGUCGGGCUGGGCCGAUGGAUUGGAAGAAGCCUGGUUCCGGUAGUAAGUACGGGCUGCAGCUGAAGAUUGCAACCCCGGCAGCCAAGAAGCCUCUGCUCAAUAAGUCGCUGCCUUUUUCUUUGGACGACAGUAGCACGCAGAAUGAGUACAGUGUCGAGGAUGACAUUGCUCGUCAGGCCAAGAAAAAGCAAUUCGCUCGAGAGGUGGAGCUGCAACACAAAUUGGCUCUGGAGCAAGAUGCCAACGCAUUUGAUUAUGAUGGCAUUUACGAUGAAAUGAAGGGGAAACAAGCGCAACCUAUUCGGGAAGAUCGCGCAAAACGUGAGCCUAAGUACAUAGGUAAACUCCUGGAACAAGCCAAACUCCGCGCUGUGGAGCAUGACAUUGCCUUCGAACGCAAUCUUGCAAAAGAGCGAGCGAAGGAGGAUCACCUUUUUCCCGACAAGGAGAAGUUUGUCACAAAAGCCUACAAGCAGAAGCUUAUCGAACAAGGCAAGUGGUUGGAUGAAGACCGGCUGAAGGAGAUAAAAGAACAAGCAGAAGAGGUUACGAAGAAAGGAGACAUGGGCGAUUUUUAUCGCAACCUGCUGAGCAAGAACGUGGCGUACGGCGCCAAGGAGCCUGAGGCGAAAAAGGCUGUCUCACUUCCAGAAGGGAACAUGCAAAACGAGGGAGGUACAUCGGCGCAAACCGCUGAGCUAGCGACUCCAGCGCCAACAUCCGUAACGGAUAGGGUUAGUACCGCAGAAGAGCGCGAGAGAGUGCGAGGGCGAGACGAGCAGAGCUUGAGAAGCAACGACGAUGGCUCCGAGUCUGUGGUACAAGGGGGUGGCGCCCAGCUGAUGAAGCCGGCCGGAGGGGUUGAAGAAAUGGUGAGGAACGAUGUUGCGACUGCGCUUCCCGUCAGUGCACCACAUAAGGCCGCAGACGCGGCCGUACCAAAAGACGAGCAGGUCCCCAGUGCACCGGUGGUAGGUCGGAAGUCCAAGGAGGAGCAAGUUCUCGCAGCGAAAGAAAGAUACUUAGCGCGCAAAAAGCAACGAAAUAGCUAGUCUCUGUAAUUUUUGACACCGAGGACUUAGCUUUCAUCCCUGACUCAGAAAUAAAGGGUCAUAUUUGUACAAUCAAUAAUCUCAAGUUCAUCCCCACAAUGAUGUGAAUAUUGUUGCCC